AUGCCCCUCAGCCAGGCCGACGCCGACAUGUCCAACGGUCAAGAUGGUCACGCCCACCCGCCGGCGUCCCUGAAGAAGGGAAAGCAGAAGAAGGCGGUCGACUCGAACGAGUCUGCAAAGCUGCUCGCGCAACGCAUCUCGCAGCUAGAGCAAGAAUCAGCUGGAGAGAAGGAUCAGGAAGCUGAGAUUGGUCAUGGCCACGAUGAUCACGGUCACGGUCACGGUCAUGGUCAUGAUCAGGCGCAGGUGGGAGCCUCUCGUGCCGGCGGUUCGUGGGGUUCUAUUUCUGCAGUGGCGGGGCUAACGGCAACAGAGCGCGAGGUCAAGCGUGCGAACCGCGAUUUGGCCCAACAGGUGGCAAAGAUGAGCGAUCUGCAAAAGAUUGAGCACCUCACCCGUCGGUCCAGCGAACUGCUAGCCGACAUGCGCCGUGUGGAGCGCGAGAACCAGAAGAACAAGAAACGUGGAGACGCCCUGCAAAAGGAGAAGGAUGCGAAUCGCACCGAGCUCAGCAAGACGGUCGGCCUGAAGGAGAAGCUCGAGAAGCUCUGUCGCGAACUGCAGCGGGACAACAACAAGUACAAGAACGAGAACAAGACCCUCCAGGACAACCUGAAGCACAACAGCUCUGCGUACGAUGAGAAGCACGCGGCCCUGCUUGCCAAGCUGGAGGGGAUUCAAGAAGAAAAGGACCAUCCGCGGAAGCAGGUUGUGGACAUGAGCGUUGACACCUUAUUCAAGAAUCGGUUCAAGUCCUUCAUUGAGCAGUACGAGUUGCGUGAGCUGCACUUCCACUCCACGAUGCGCACCAAGGAGCUGGAGGUGCAAUACAACAUGGCGCGCUACGAACGAGAGAAGAAGCUCGCAGAGGCCGAGUCGACGAGAGCGCGGAAUCUCCAGGCGCAGGUUCAGACCUUUACCAAGACGGAGACGGAGCUUCGGAAUCAACUCAACGUCUACGUGGACAAGUUCAAGCAGAUCAAGGUUGAGGACACGCUCAACAACAGCAACGACCUCUUUCUCACGUUUCGGAAGGAAAUGGAGGACAUGUCCAAGAAGACGAAGCGGCUGGAGAAGGAGAACGAGACGAUGAAGCGCAAACACGAGGCGACGAAUGCCAACAUCAUCCGCAUGGCCGAGGAGCGCGAGGACUGGCGCAAGAAGGCGGCCGAGGCGAUCAAGAGAGCCGAGAAGCUUAGAAGCAUUAUCGAGCAGAUGCAGCAGCAGGGCCGCAAGGUUCCGCCCGGAGCAGCGGCGACACUGGAGAGUUGCUACUCGGACAGCAACGGCCACAUGGACGGGGACGGCAGCGACUACUCGGACGACGAGGAGGAGGAGGGCGAGGAGGAUCCGAGCGAGUUUGACGAUGAUACGGAGGAGGAGCCCCAGCCUGGAGAGCCAGAACCCCCCAGACCCUACGGUCCAGAGAGACCACCAGUACCCCAAGCUGCAACGAACGGCCACUAG